GGCCAUUCAAUUACAUUUCACAACGUGUCCACCCUGUCACGCCCGAGGUCCACCCUGUCAUGCCCGAGGUCCACCCUGUCACGCCUGAGGUCCCUGUCACGCCCGAGGUCCACCCUGUCAUGCCCGAGGUCCCUGUCACGCCCGAGGUCCACCCUGUCAUGCCCGAGGUCCACCCUGUCAUGCCCGAGGUCCACCCUGUCACGCCUGAGGUCCCUGUCACGCCCGAGGUCCACCCUGUCACGCCCGAGGUCCCUGUCACGCCCGAGGUCCACCCUGUCACACCCGAGGUUCACCCUGUCACGCCCGAGGUCCACCCUGUCACGCCCGAGGUUCACCCUGUCACGCCCGAGGUUCACCCUGUCACGCCCGAGGUUCACCCUGUCACGCCCGAGGUUCACCCUGUCACGCCCGAGGUUCACCCUGUCACGCCCGAGGUUCACCCUGUCACGCCCGAGGUUCACCCUGUCACGCCCGAGGUCCACCCUGUCACGCCCGAGGUCCACCCUGUCACGCCCGAGGUUCACCCUGUCAUGCCCGAGGUCCACCCUGUCACGCCAGAGGUUCACCCUGUCACGCCCGAGGUCCACCCUGUCACGCCCGAGGUUCACCCUGUCACGCCCGAGGUUCACCCUGUCACGCCCGAGGUUCACCCUGUCACGCCCGAGGUUCACCCUGUCACGCCCGAGGUUCACCCUGUCACGCCCGAGGUUCACCCUGUCACGCCCGAGGUCCACCCUGUCACGCCCGAGGUCCACCCUGUCAUGCCCGAGGUUCACCCUGUCACGCCCGAGGUUCACCCUGUCACGCCCGAGGUCCACCCUGUCAUGCCCGAGGUUCACCCUGUCACGCCCGAGGUCCACCCUGUCACGCCCGAGGUUCACCCUGUCAUGCCCGAGGUUCACCCUGUCAUGCCCGAGGUCCACCCUGUCAUGCCCGAGAUCUGA